AUGCAAAUUCUUAAACGGGGUUGUAAUGGACAAGGCGCAAAAGGAUUGUUUUUUAAUGCACCGCCCACUGCUCUUGGUGAAGAUGAAAUUGAAUUUGCUAUCAAUUUAUAUGUUGAUACGUAUCCUUUAAUCCAACCAAAAUAA